AUGGAGCGUGACGACGCCUGGGGCAUGGCGUCGCCCGACUUUCUCGACUUCCUGGACGCGUCGCCUCCGCGCACGGCCCAGGCCAGCGUUGCCGACGACGACGACGAUGCCAACGCGACGGCGCAGCAGCGCUUCCGGAAGCGGCAGAAGCGGGAGCUCGAUUUCUUGCAAAGCCAAGUCGCGGAGCUCAGCUCGCACCUCGCGGUGCUCAAGAACAUCCGCGGCCUCGAAGUAAGCCACAGCUCGUACUGGGAAAAGAAGGCGCGCAUGCAGAAGCUCGGGCGGCAGCAAGCGACGUCCGAGAACGCCCGCUUGAAGCGCGCGAUCGAAGAGCAGCUCAAAGUCGCCGAGAUCCUCAACCAGCUGCUCGUCAAGCGCCCGAAGCUCGUCGCCUUUCCGACGAUGGACAUGGUCGACUGGAAGCUGCGGCGGCUGCCGCGCGACCCCGCGGCGCGCGCGAUCGCCUACCACGCCUUUAUGAACGACGUGUACGAGCGCGUCGACACGAUUCUGCUGCGGACAGGAAUUUUGGACGCGCCGGACGGUCUCCGGUCCAUCGACCUCUCGACGACCGACGACGUCAUGACCGUCGACGUCCGCGGCGUCAAGGCGCUGCCGUGUCACUUUCUCAGCGCUGCGCUGCGCUUCUGGUCCCUCUGGAACGACGCGUCCAAUCACAUUCUCGAAGGCACGAUCCGCGUCAAGGUGCUCGAGGCAUUCGGCGACGACGGCGUGUACAUUGAGCAGACCGAGUCGCUCGGCGAUGCGAUGCCGUACCUCCGGCGCCUCGGGGCGCUCAAGCGCUACGUCGAGGAGGACCGGGUUGUCUUUGUAUUCCGCACGGUCCUCGACGACGAAAAGUACCCGCCCGUCGAUGGUCUUUACAUUGGCAACGACACGAUCGUGUUGAUACUCGAGCGCGCUAGCGACAACAUGGCCGUGCGCCGCGUGUGCAUGUCUGGGGAGCUCCCGAUUCAAGCGCCACCGAACGGUCCGUUGGCAUCCAACCCGCAGCAUUUGAUUUGCGACUUCAUUUUGCGCGAGGUCAAGCGCACGUUCGAGACGCUCGAAAGUUUGUUUGGCGACUAGCGACCGCCAUCCGUGUAUCCGUCUCCUGUAUUGCAUAAAAUAGGGAUCAACAAGAAUUGGGUGCGGAA